AUGCAUUCAAUACGACUUCGAUGGGGUUUUACAUCAGAUUCCCAUGCUCAGAUAGAUCUCCAGCUAUGUCCUCAAGGUGCCAUCACAGUUCGAGACCCUAAAUGGCCAAAUAUAUCGCCAAGUUUCGAACUCUUUGCUGAACUGACGAGUAAUACUGGAACAGCAGAAAUAAUACAGACGUUCGGUAAUCGACGAGAUGCAGUCACGCAAAUUGCAAACGGAGAGACUAUCUUUGAAUAUUCGUAUUUUGAUACUAAUGAACAAUUCGAUAUUUUAAACAUGGUCACCGAUGGUCAAAUUCUGCCUGUUUGUCUUCGUCAAGUUAUCGAACCUGUAACAACUACUUCGACUAUUCAAUCGGCGAUCUUUGUCAAACCAUCGGUUCUUCUUGGAUACGAUGCUCGAAAUGCGAUUAAUCCAAAUUUUGGUUCGCGAGAAUGUCACAGUCACAUGCUAUGUCAUGUGUGGAUUGGCGAGAAUGCACGAUCGAAUCAAUCCGGAUUUGAACGUCGUGAAUGGUACUGGGCUUAUCAAUUCAAUAAUCAGACUAUCGAACCAUGGAUACCUAUUCGUUUAGUCAAUACCCGCUUGGAUGCGCAGCACAAACCGAUAGCACUUAUGGAAACCAAUUUAUACAAGUACCGAACUAAUCCAUUAACUGAAUUUGAGGUUGAUGGUACAAUAGCCGAUUGCUAUCGUGCCCUUGGACCUACAGAAAAGUUCUACUAUGGCAUCUUCGACUUUGUCAUUGAUAAUCGAGAUGAGCAAGCCGUUCAAAACUAUUCUACUUAUCUAAAAUUAAUCGUCUGGCAGACACUCAUCGAGACCCUCAACAUUCGCCCUAUUCGCAUGUCAAAUGUCUUCAUUGAUCGCAAUAAGACCGACUUGAUUGUUACUUUCACCUUAGUCGACAAUCCACCAUUCUAUGGUCCGGUCGCAAAUCCACUCAAGGAGCCAUCGUUACAUGCAGUAGUGACAAAUUUGCGAACGUUGAUCGAUACGAAAAAUAUUAGUUUUGUUGCAAUCUAUGGUGAUUCUCAAGAUGUUCGAUUAUAUCCCAAACCAGGCUCAUUGAAUGUUAUUGCACGUACUCCAACAACUGUACUUACCAAUAAUAUGACGCCAAGAAUCAUGGAAACGUCUGAUUUCUUCGCACCUCCUCAAGGUACUUUCUGUCCAAAUAUGGAACCUAACUUGGUUAGUUUAUCAGAUUCGGGUAUCGAAUGGCCACUACGUUACACUGUUCGAAUCGCUACAACGACGUCACGUGGUGUUCGUCCGAAUUCGUUGCGUUUGCGUGUCGAUAAUAAUGUGGAUACGAAACGGGCUCGCUUUGACUACAUGAUCGAUGAUGAGAAUAAUUAUGAAACAGUUAUAAUCGACUAUCGAGAACAAAUCAAAUAUGUGAUUGAUCAAACACGUGAGACUAUACUCGAUCAACCGCCAAAAAAUGCUUGGCAACACAGAGGAACUCGACUUUGCCGUGGUUCGACAAUGCACUGUGUAAUUUAUACCAUGUUACUGACCAAUUAUCCACCGAUGAUGAAUCCAGAAACUGGCAUGCCCAGUGGUCAGAAUUGGGAUGAGACACAUAUUGAGUAUGCCUGGUCAAAGCGUGAUUCAGUAUUUACUCCACAAGCAAACAAAUCAAAGGUCUUGGACUAUCCAGUAUCACUUUUUCUACGAACCUAUCAAAGGACAACAACUUCGACAGGCACAGAAUAUCGUUCUGAAGAAAUUGAAUAUGAAUUCUUUGAAAUGUCUACGGAUUUACCUAACGAUGGUUUCGAUGUUAGUGUUUGUUAUCGUUCUCGUGAUUGGCCCUAUCUACAUCUUGCAUUUACGGUCAAGCUGAAUAAAGGUAAUAUGGCCGACAGCAAUCAUCUCAAUCGCAAAGAAUUGUACGAUCGUUUUCUUCUCAUGCUUCAAACAGCCAUGACACCGAUCAGUUCGACACGUAUUCAUCAAUUAGAAAUCGAUCAUGAUAUCACCUCAGCUCUCGAUACACUCUACAUCAUGUUUCUUUUGCUUGGUCCUGCUCCUACAGCUGAUCCAAUACCGGGCGAUAUAUUAUUGACAACGCCGAGACCGAUUGAUCAGCUCAGUGUUGAAGCAGCUCGCGAACAACUUAGAAAUCCUCCAGAUCACGGUGGUCUGGGUGAUAUUCAAAUUUAUUCUGAAUACAUUGUUUAUGUCAUUCGAGAGAUGUACGAGCGAGCAAAUCGUCGUCGUGUGAAUAUUAUCGGUCAUUCUCAGGGCGAUAUGACUCCUCAGUGGGCAUUUCGAUUUUGGUCAGAUACACGAUCGAUGGUGAACAGCAUGAUCUGUUUGGCAAUGACAAAUCAUGAAAUUGACAGACAGUUGUCAAAUGAUGAUUUAUCAUCCUGGACACCUACACGUUGGCAAUUUUCACAUGGUUCACAGGUUAUGUGUGCUCUCAACUCCUUUCGAGAAGCGUUUGAUGAUCAAAUAUUCUAUACACAAAUCAUGACACGUUAUGACAAUACUCACUAUUAUACCGCUUAA